CCCUCUCGGCCCGAAUGCGCUCGGCUAUUUCCGCCGGAGGCGGGCCUGGUUGCUCGGAACCUCGGCUACGGCGGCUGACGCAGGGAUCCCGCGGCAGCGGUGGCGGUGGCCGUGGCGGUGGCCGUGGCGGUGGCGGCGACGGCCGCAACCGGGGAUGGAUCCGUCUGUCCGCCCAGGGCAUCCGGUUCCUACAUAAGGACCUGUCACCCUCACGAGGAUGCACAAGAGAUCGAACUAGCAUGGAGAUCCAGACUAGGGUUGGCAUCCUCGGCUGAGCAUGGUAGCAGCCUAUGGCCUUCAUUUCUGUUUCCUCACCUGGCAUCUGGUGCAGCCUGAAGAGCCAGCCACCUCAGGCACCCACGACCCACCUCAUGACCAAGUGACCCAGCCCUGGCCCAGCCAUCUGAUGGGGAACGCAGGCCAGGUGAUCUGAGAACACUCCACCACGAGGGCCUUUGUACAGUUGACUAAGUGACUGGAGACCUGUAGUGAUGGCCUGCCAGGCAUGAGCGGCCCCUGAGGUCACCUGUGAGUCUGGGAUAUAGAGAUUGGCAAGCCCAGAGUCCAUCAAGUGGGGUCACUCCACCCCAUGGGGCCUCUGGAGCCCCCCGAAGACAGGUGACUGCCCAGAUCCCACCAGGAAUGGCCAUGGCCGGAGCAGAGGGCUUCCAGUACCGGGCUCUGUACCCAUUCCGCCGGGAGCGGCCUGACGACCUGGAGCUACUGCCGGGAGACUUGCUGGUGGUGAGCCGUGCAGCCCUACAGGCGCUGGGCGUGGCAGAUGGUGGGGAGCGUUGCCCGCACAACGUGGGCUGGAUGCCCGGCUUCAAUGAGCGCACCCGGCAGCGGGGGGACUUCCCCGGGACAUAUGUGGAGUUCCUGGGGCCUGUGGCUCUGGCUCGACCAGGCCCAAGGCCCCGAGGCCCCCGUCCACUGCCUGCUAGACCCCUGGAUGGGUCCUCCGAGUCAGGCCUCAUACUCCCAGACCUUCGGGAACAGUUCUCUCCUCCUGACCCAGCACCCCCCAUCCUGGUGAAGCUGGCAGAGGCCAUUGAGCAAACAGGGCUGGACAGUGAGUGCUACUACAGGCCAGAACUGCCUGUGCCCAGGACAGACUGGUCCCUGAGUGAUGUGGAGCACUGGGAGCCUGUGGCCUUGGCAGACGCUGUGAAGGGCUUCCUGCUGGCCUUACCUACGGCCCUGGUGACCCCUGAGGCUGUGGCGGAGGCACAUCGGGCACUGCGGGAAGCUGCUGGGCCCGUGGGACUGGUGCUGGAACCCCCAACGCUGCCGCUGCACCCGGCACUGACGCUGCGGUUCCUGCUGCAGCACCUGGGCCGCCUGGUGCGGAGAGCGCCCGCCCCUGGGCCUGCUGUUCAUGCACUGGCUCUAGCCUUCGGGCCUCUGCUACUGCGCGCCCUGCCACCAGGGGCCGCUGAGGGGAGUGAGCCGAACCCUGACUUCCCUGAACUGCUGGUGGAGAAACUGCUACAAGAGCACGUGGAUGAACAGGAGGCCGCGCCCCCAGCACUGCCACCUAAGCCCUCUAAGGCAAAGCCAACGCCCACAGGCCUGGCCAAUGGAGGGAGCCCGCUGUCUCUACAGGAUGCGGAGUGGUACUGGGGGGACAUCUCCAGGGAAGAAGUCAAUGAGAAGCUCCGGGACACACCCGAUGGCACCUUCCUGGUCCGAGACGCAUCCAGUAAGAUCCAUGGAGAGUACACACUCACACUCAGGAAAGGUGGUAACAAUAAAUUGAUUAAGGUCUUCCACCGUGAUGGACACUACGGCUUCUCGGAGCCCCUCACCUUCGGCUCGGUGGUAGAGCUGAUCUCCCACUAUCGCCAUGAGUCACUGGCACAGUAUAACGCCAAGCUGGACACUCGCCUCCUCUACCCCGUGUCCAAGUACCAGCAGGACCAGGUGGUGAAAGAGGACAGCGUGGAGGCAGUGGGGGCCCAGCUCAAAGUGUACCACCAGCAGUACCAGGACAAGAGCCGAGAGUACGACCAGCUGUACGAGGAGUACACGCGUACCUCCCAGGAACUGCAGAUGAAGCGCACAGCCAUCGAAGCCUUCAAUGAAACCAUCAAGAUCUUUGAAGAACAAGGCCAGACACAGGAGAAGUGCAGCAGGCAGUAUCUGGACCGCUUCCGACGGGAGGGCAAUGAGAAGGAGAUGCAGAGGAUCCUUCUGAACUCUGAACGGCUCAAGUCGCGAAUUGCGGAGAUACAUGAGAGUCGCACAAAACUGGAGCAAGACCUGCGGGCACAGGCCUCAGACAACCGUGAGAUCGACAAGCGCAUGAACAGCCUCAAGCCUGAUCUCAUGCAACUGCGCAAGAUCAGAGACCAGUACCUUGUGUGGCUCACCCAGAAGGGCGCCCGGCAGAAGAAAAUCAAUGAGUGGCUGGGAAUCAAAAAUGAGACAGAGGACCAGUAUUCCCUGAUGGAGGAGGAGGAUGACCUCCCUCACCACGAGGAACGCACAUGGUACGUGGGCAAGAUCAACCGCACCCAGGCGGAAGAGAUGCUGAGCGGGAAGCGUGACGGGACGUUCCUCAUCCGUGAGAGCAGCCAGCGGGGCUGCUAUGCCUGCUCCGUGGUGGUGGACGGUGACACCAAGCAUUGUGUCAUCUACCGCACAGCCACCGGUUUUGGCUUUGCAGAGCCUUACAACCUGUAUGGAUCGCUGAAGGAGCUGGUGCUGCACUACCAGCACGCAUCCCUCGUGCAACACAACGAUGCUCUCACGGUCACCCUUGCCCACCCUGUACGUGCCCCAGGGCCAGGGCCCCCAGCUGCCCGCUGAGUACCCCUCAUCAGGCCAUCGAGGCUCUCCAUCUCCCCUGUUUUUCUGUGUCUCCCUGGUUACCCCCUGAUCCUCCACCUUCCCUCUGCAGGUCCCUACUGUCCCCAGAGGGCCCCACCCCCACCAGCUACACCUGCCAUGUUUACAGAGGCUGGGGGGGCCAUGAGCCUGGGCCGUCAGAUUUUUUUUAAAGCCAUAGUUCUGGGGUCAGGGCAGGAAGGAACUGUGCUGGGCUGCUUCCAGAAUCUUCAGCUGGGACAUUGGGGGCUGGGCGGGACCCACCCCACAGACCCCAACUUCCUCCUCAAAGGUCGAAGUGAAACCAACCACCAGGGCCAGGGAGUUACCCCACAACUGCCGAGAAGUACCCCAUCAGAAAACAGAAUUAGAUACCAAGCCCAGGGCCGGCCUGCUGCACCCAGGGUCUCCAAUCAUGUUGGCUUUGAUUUUCCCCUGACUGCAAUCUCUUCUUUUUUGGACAAGAGCCCUGAGUUUGUCACCUCCCUUGGACCCCAUGCCUGCCUGGGGCGACUGGGCAGUAGGUUUUGUACGGUACGUUUAUUAAUAAGAAUCUGAAACAUUGAA